AUGACUGACCGGACCGGACCGGACGAGGAGGUACUGGAGACGCGGCCGGCGGGCGGCAGAUCUGACGAGGCGGCGCGGGUGGCGCGGCGGAGCCUGGCCUCCUCGCCGGAGCCGGAGAGUGGCGCCGGCGCCGCCCUGCUCGCCCAGCUGGAGAAGGCGCAGCACAACCAGCUGACGCCGCUCAAGCAGCGCGAACGGUUCGCCAACGUGAGCCGGCUGGACGCGGCGCUGCUGGGCUUCGAGCCGCGCUGCGCGCUCGAGACGCGCGAGGUGGUCUCGGCCGUGCUGCGCGCCGAGAGCGAGCCGUGCCGGCGCGAGCUGGUGGAGUUCGCGUGCCGGCUGCGCGAGGGCACUGCCUACCCGGUCCGGCUGCCCAACUACUGCCCGCACCAUGGACACGAGUACGGUCGCCAGCUGGGAUGCUUCCGGGACAGCAGGACGCUGCGCCUGCUACCGUCGCUGGCGGGGGUGGUCAACAAUACCGAGGCCUGCCUCGAACACUGCGUCAGGGAGAGUUUCGUCUACGGCGGCCUGCAGUACGGGCGGGAGUGCUGGUGCGGCAACAUGCAGCCGCCGAGUCGGGCGCUGGAGCCGCUGCAGACCUGCAACAUGACCUGUCGCCACGGUAACGAGUCCUGCGGCGGCUACCUCGCGAUGAACGUCUACGAGACUGGACGCGCUGUGUUCAAGCACGCGUUCUCUUCGGUGGCGGACACGGACAGCGAGCCGGUCCGGAUCGUGUACCUGAUGACGCUGAACGGACGGGACACGCGGCAGGCGCUGAGGCUGCUCAAGAUGAUCUACCACACCAGCCACUUCUACUUCAUCCAUGUCGACUCGCGCCAGGACUACAUGUAUCGGACGCUGCUGGCGCUCGAGUCGCAGUUUCCGAACGUGCGCCUGUCGCGCUGGCGCCGCGCCACCAUCUGGGGCGGCGCCAGCCUGCUGGACAUGCUGCUGCACUGCAUGACGGAGCUGAUGCAGACCGACUGGCAGUGGGACUACGUGCUCAAUCUCAGCGAGAGCGACAUGCCAGUCAAGAGGAUGGAGCGGCUGACCGAGUUCCUGACCCGGAAUAAGGGCAAGAACUUCCUCAAGUCCCAUGGCCAGUCCAUCCCCAGCUUCAUCAUGAAGCAGGAGGCGGCGCGGGUGGCGCGGCGGAGCCUGGCCUCCUCGCCGGAGCCGGAGAGUGGCGCCGGCGCCGCCCUGCUCGCCCAGCUGGAGAAGGCGCAGCACAACCAGCUGACGCCGCUCAAGCAGCGCGAACGGUUCGCCAACGUGAGCCGGCUGGACGCGGCGCUGCUGGGCUUCGAGCCGCGCUGCGCGCUCGAGACGCGCGAGGUGGUCUCGGCCGUGCUGCGCGCCGAGAGCGAGCCGUGCCGGCGCGAGCUGGUGGAGUUCGCGUGCCGGCUGCGCGAGGGCACUGCCUACCCGGUCCGGCUGCCCAACUACUGCCCGCACCAUGGACACGAGUACGGUCGCCAGCUGGGCUGCUUCCGGGACAGCAGGACGCUGCGCCUGCUACCGUCGCUGGCGGGGGUGGUCAACAAUACCGAGGCCUGCCUCGAACACUGCGUCAGGGAGAGUUUCGUCUACGGCGGCCUGCAGUACGGGCGGGAGUGCUGGUGCGGCAACAUGCAGCCGCCGAGUCGGGCGCUGGAGCCGCUGCAGACCUGCAACAUGACCUGUCGCCACGGUAACGAGUCCUGCGGCGGCUACCUCGCGAUGAACGUCUACGAGACUGGACGCGCUGUGUUCAAGCACGCGUUCUCUUCGGUGGCGGACACGGACAGCGAGCCGGUCCGGAUCGUGUACCUGAUGACGCUGAACGGACGGGACACGCGGCAGGCGCUGAGGCUGCUCAAGAUGAUCUACCACACCAGCCACUUCUACUUCAUCCAUGUCGACUCGCGCCAGGACUACAUGUACCGGACGCUGCUGGCGCUCGAGUCGCAGUUUCCGAACGUGCGCCUGUCGCGCUGGCGCCGCGCCACCAUCUGGGGCGGCGCCAGCCUGCUGGACAUGCUGCUGCACUGCAUGACGGAGCUGAUGCAGACCGACUGGCAGUGGGACUACGUGCUCAAUCUCAGCGAGAGCGACAUGCCAGUCAAGAGGAUGGAGCGGCUGACCGAGUUCCUGACCCGGAAUAAGGGCAAGAACUUCCUCAAGUCCCAUGGCCAGUCCAUCCCCAGCUUCAUCAUGAAGCAGGGCCUGAACCACUCGUUUUACGAGUGCGACCACCACCUGUGGCGUCUGGGCGGCCGCAAACUGCCCCGGGGUAUCGCUAUAGAUGGCGGUAGUGACUGGGUCUGCUUGUACCGGGACUUCGUACAGUAUGUCACGUCCAUGGAGGACGACCUUCUUGUCGGCCUGCGGACUUUUUUCAACCAUUCUCUGUUGCCCGCUGAGUCUUUCUUCCACAUCGCGCUGCGCAACUCGGAGUUCUGCCACACGCUGGUAGACAACAACCUGCACUUGACCAACUGGCGGCGCAAGCAGGGCUGCCACUGUCAGCACAAGUACGCCGUGGACUGGUGCGGAUGCUCGCCCAACGACUUCCGGCCCACGGACAUGGAGAAAAUACAGCGGACGGAGACGCGCGACCUGUUUUUCGCGCGCAAGUUCGAGUCAGCCAUCAGCCACGAGGCAGUGACCAUGGUGGACAAGUGGGUACAUGGUCCGCUGCCGCCGGAUCUGCCUGCGCUUCACCGCCACUGGCUCAGCCUCUACCACCGAGACGACCUGACGACCGGCGAUGACGCCGCGCUGACGUUCUACCGGAGCGUGGCGCGCCUGUCCGUGCAGCGCCUGAGGGUGGGAGGAAGCCGCUGUGACCUCGCCCUGGGCUCGGUGGUCACGGCGCACGUGCUCAAGGUGGAUGACGUGUACAAGGGCACGGCGGUGCAGUUUGAGCUGGUGACUCCGGACGGCACGCCGCUGCUGCUGGAGACGCUGGCGUCUCCGCUGCCGACCCCCAUCCGGCGCCUCAAGAAGGGCUCCGCCGAAGACAGACUCACGUCGAUGGGCAUCAGCACCGAGUUCGACCAGAAGGAGGCCACCUUCCGCAACUUCGGCCGCGUGAUGGGCGUGUUCGCCACUCCCGUCAUCAUGCAUAGCUGGUCGGGCGGCGAGGCGCAGAACGUGACGGUCGUCGUGCAGGACCCGGCCGGCCGGCUGGCGCGGGCCGAGACGUUCGCGCUGAACACCACCGAGGAGUCGCGCUCGGGCGUCACGCGGCUGUCCGUGCGCCAGCCGCUGCGGCCCGGCACGUGGCGCGUGCACGUGCUGGCCGACCGCGUGCCCGUGGCGCGCGCCGAGUUCCCUGUACUGCCGCUGGAGGUGUACCGAGGCCGACCAGUCAACCGCGAGCAGGCCAAACUGCUGCACGUCGGCCCGCCGUUGCCGUACUCGGACCAGCGUCUGCCGGCCACCCUGUACCGCCUGCUGGGGGCCGAUGACAACUUCACCGGUGCCGCGACCGCCGCUGCCGAGAGGAACGCCCAGCGGCAAGGCGACGCGCUGCACGACUGGACCGACGACAUAGUGCGCAGGCACUUCUCGCUGGAGUCGAUGUGUCUGGCUUCGGCGGUGCCGGCGGCCGGCUGCCUGGCGCCGCUGCCGGAGCCGUGUGCGGCCAGCACCUGGUCCUCGCUCUCGCCCGACCCGAAGGCCGAACUGCACGGCGUGGCGACCGGCGGCCGGCUGCGGCGCGUGCCGGCCGCGCUGGACACGCAUUACCCGCACCGCGACGGCCUGUGACACCGCCGGCGGACCCGGCCGACGGCCGCCUGACGACGCGUGCAGCCGGCUCUCAGGUGUCUCCGGCUCACUGUCGGCCGGGCAGGCAGUCCCUGGCUCACUGUUGGUCGGACAGGCAGUGGCCGGCGCACUGUCGUUCGGGCUGGCAGUCGCCAGCUCGCUGGCGGUCGGCCAGACAACGGCUGGCUCACUGGCGGUCGGGCAGACAGUGGCCAGAUCACUGUCGGUCGGGCAGGCAGUUGUCGGUCGGGCAGGCAGUGGCCGGCUCACUGUCGGUUGGGCAGACAGUGGCCAGACCACUGUCGGCCGCCCUCCGGAGCCCCGGCGUUGGUGCUGGCGCCUGCUGGUGACAGCCGUAGAGAGGACGCUCGCCCAAGACUUGGGGGAGGUCGCCGCGAGCACAACGCAAUAAUGCACUCCUUAUGACGACUCAAGAUGGUAUCGAACGGGGCCGCGUCGUGUGUCCCCGCGCUGUACGCACACAUAUCGACCGUUCCUUGGGCGGGGCCCGUGCACUGGAGCCAGCCCGCCUCGCUGCGCGGUCUGGCAAGCGCGCUCGGGCCAGGGCGGCGGCGUUGUUCUGGAGCUGUCGGUGAGCUGUGUGCAGGGUACAAUGGACCGCGGCGGGUGUAAUCAGGACGUCUCUUAUCCAGGCUCCAUGGCCAGGUUGUGUGGCUGUAGCCGCUGUUCAUCUGUGUGUGGUUUGUCUGUCUGCGUUUUCCGGUACAGCGUUUUACCGACGAGAUCAUCAUCCGCCUGAGUGGAAACUGUGUGUCGCGUCCCCUAAUCCUCGAUGAUCAAAGGUAUAUUUUACUGCCGCAGGGAUGCGCCAGAUAGGACCAUUAUGACCCCAUCGCGAUUCACCCUGUCCGGUACCGCUGUCGGUUGCCAGUCUGUUUUCAGUCGGUGUUGUUGACCGUUGUACUCAUUCGUUUGACGUGUGUGACGCGUAUGCUGUUCCGCCGAGCCUGGCAUGCCCACCGCCUGUGGCUUCCGACUCUGGCUUUGGUGCGGGCACCGGGGAGAUGACAGAGCUCGUCUCGGCCGGAUCGUCUGGUCGGCGCACUCGAGGUAUUCUGUCCCCAGAGGUUUUAUACUGACGCGACUUUGACGGGGUGCCGUCGCCAGAGAUAUGCGCGCGCCCCAGUCUGUGCGACCGCGACUGCGCUCGGGUCACGUGACGUGCAGUGACGUUGUGUUUGCGGCGAGUAUAUUUAUUACCGCGGAUGCCGUCCGUCGGCCGUGGCGUCGCAGGUUUACACGGUUUUUAUAAGUGUCUCUCUCACUGUCAGUCUCCAUCUCCAAGUGCCCCUCCGCUCCCCUCCGUUCCCCUCCGUUCCUCUGCGCUCCUGUUCGUUCCCAGCCGUUCCUUGGCGCCCAUGUUUGCCGUCCACCGGGGAUGGCUUGUCCAGUGCCUUUCCCUGUGAUGACUGGCUGCGGCAGCGGCUCCUGACGCCUGGUGCCGGGUCUUGUGAUGACUCGCUGCUGUAGCGGCUCCUGACGCCUGGUGCCGGGUCUUGUGAUGACUCGCUGCCGUAGCGGCUCCUGACGCCUGGUGCCGGGUCUUGUGAUGACUCGCUGCUGUAGCGGCUCCUGACGCCUGGUGCCGGGUCUUGUGAUGACUCGCUGCUGUAGCGGCUCCUGACGCCUGGUGCCGGGUCUUGUGAUGACUCGCUGCUGUAGCGGCUCCUGGCGCCUGGUGCCGGGUGACGGCACAUCACGGCAUGGGAGAGUUUUCUACGAGCAAUAAAUAGGCCGUCUUUGUUA